GUGGGGUGCAGUUGUUAUAUCUCUGGUCGUUGCUGAUGGAUACUGACAUUGGAAAGGCUUUGAAGUUGUGCUGUUAUUGGAGGGGUUCAGAACCGAGGUGGUUCAUUGUCGUUUUCAUGUAAUGGACCUUAGAACAUUAACUCGUCAACGACAACUUUGGAAUAACUGUCCGAGAAUCUGGAGCUGCGUUGCACUUUCUGUGAUACCAAAGAACAGACAUGCCUGCCCAUCAGUGUUCCAUUGGCCACCCAUGGAUACUAGAUCUUCUUGCCAAAUAUAAGAAAAAUGUUAAAUACAAGCCUGUUACUGCCCAGGUGGUUGAGUUCGUAAAGAUGUCAGCUGUGUCCUCAGAUGACUCCCAGGGUGUAGCAGCAGUCGUACAUAUUUCUGAUAGAAAGUACUACAUCCGAGGUGUCAUCACAAGGGAAGCUCAAGUAAUACUGGAAAGAGAGGAAGAGCACUUCACAUUGGGUGACAUUAAGAACAAAAUUAUCAUCUUGAAGAAUUAUGAUGUUGUUUUUACAGCAGUGGAAGACCUGAAUAGUUGUGAAUUCUCCAUAACUGUUUACCAUUUUAAUAUAUUGCCGAUGGAAACAAACAGUGUGGACCUGUUAAACUGCAAUAUGAACCCUGCAGUGAGGAGGAAGAUCAAGGAGCUAUGGCAGAAUUACAUGGCAGAACAGGCUAUGAAUGCAUCAUCUACAGAUCUAAGUUUAUCAGAAGUAUCUCUUACUCAGUUAUUGAAUAUUGCGUGUGAAGAAAAGCUCAGUACUUUAAAGUCAAUUGCAGAGCAGUGUCUCGAUAUUGAUCCACCUUCCAACCAGGAUACCACACAAGCCAUGACAAAGUGGGGAGAGGAAAGAAAGAAAAACAAGGACACUAAUAAGUUUCAUAUCCCUUUGGAUUUGCUUCUUAUUCCACCGCAUGAAGAAGCAGCUUUGGAACAGAUUACAGCAUUCAGUAAUAAUACUGAUGUUCCCAGUGACCUUGAUGAUGCUAUUAAUGACCAUCAUAGUGAAAAAGAGCCUUCCUCUCCCUCGUACAGCACUGCAUUGUCAACUCAAAGUGAUGACUACUUUGAUGAUGUUUCUGCAACUCAUUCUGCGAACCCAUGGAACAAAUUACAACCACUUAGCCUCACUUUGACAUCGAGUUCUGCUUCUCAAGAAAAAGCCUCUUCCUCUGAAGCCCAACAAAAAACAGAUGAAGACACACUUGAUGAUCCUGAAAGUGGAGUGUCUCAGUCAUAUGCACAACAUGUACUAGUGCCUUCAGUUCAAGGAUCAUCUGAAAGCCAUCAGGAGACCUCUCCUCUCAUUUUUUCUGAUAGGAUAUGCAGUCAAGAAGCAAGUGUUAGCAGCAACUCUGGCUUGGCCAGUAGCCAAAGAAAAAUUAAUCCAGACAGGACCACAAGGCCAUCUCUAUUGUCAUCUCAUAACAGAGCAUCACUUAGUAGUAUUACCAUUAGUCCAGUAAUGCGACAGAGCUCCCCUAAGAGUGGGUCCUGUCUGAGUAGCCGUGGCAGGUUAUGUCCAAUUAUGUUAUCCGAUUCUGAAAGUGAGCCGAGUCCCAGGAAAAUCAAACACCUGGUCUGCCCCAAGGAAAAAGCAAAAGAACAUAUAAACAAAAGGCGAUGUUACCCAAUGAAAGGGAAGAAGGCUAAAAGGAAGACAUUAUUUGCAGAUUCUGACUCGCCACUUUCUGAUGCAGAAUCUCCAGAUUUGGAAUAUGAGUCUGUGCAAAAAAUGGUUCAGAAGAAAUGUCAGAGCAAUGUGUCUGUAGCAGAAGAGAACACAAAUGUUUCAAAUACAUAUAAUGAAGCAGAAAAGAGUAGCAAUCAGAAUUUUGGGGUGAAAGACAGGGAAAAUCUUUGUUUGUUUAUUAAUAAAAAGAGUAAAGAAGAAGGGACCAUCAGUAGUGCCCUAAAUCCUAAACCGUGCACAAAGAACAAAAAGAAGCACAGUCUGCAAAGUAUAGAGAGCAACAGAUCAAAAGGGGAAACUGCAAAAAGAGAGGUUGCUAAAGGAAGCACUUCCAAGCACUUAAAUGGAUCUAAAAACAACCAAGAAAUAAGCACCAGGAGGAAAAAUAUUCAACUUGCUCUUGACUUCAGCAAGACCAAAAUGGUGCACUAUGAUCGUACCCCUUUCCAGUAUACAUAUACCUCCCCUUCAGUGGAACUCUGUACCCGUCUAGAUGCCAUAAGGAUGCCCGCAGACCUCUGUGAAUGGGCAAAAAAGAUUCUUUUGGAACCCGAGAAGCGGUUCUGUUGAAUAGACUUCUUUCUGAAGUUAAAUAGCUGAAGUUUCAUGUUCAGGAUUGCACUGUGCUACAGACAGUCCAGUGUGCGGAUGCCCAGAGAAGCCAUUCCUAGCUAUUGAAUCUGACUAUGUAGAAGCACCAAAAUAAUGCUUUAAUAACAUAUUUGUGCUAGACCACAAAGGAUUGAAAAUUAUUUUUUUCUAAUGCUGGUUGAAUGUUAUUGUCAGUUUGUUUUUUCAUACACAUCUAAUUAAUGAACGUUUGUAAAAUUUCUUAUAUAUCUCAUACCUAUGUUUUUUUCUUGUAUUGGCUGUAACCAACUGAAAUUACACUUACCUAUUAAUA